AUGCCUCAUACAACAAUUGGCUGUGCCUAUAUUCCACCAAAUCAUGAGGCUUCUACGUACUUGAAUUUCUGCAAGUCUGUUGAUGAGGCUGUUGGCUGUGGCCGGGGGUCUGAUAGUUUGCUCAUUGUUGGCGACUUCAAUUUACCUCACACUGAUUGGCUCGACGAUUCCAGUUACUUUGACAUUUCUUCUCGUCACAUAAUGAAUAUGGCUGCUUUCCAUGACCUUAAACAAUGCAAUGGCAUAGCAAAUCAACGUGGAGUCACUUUGGAUCUGGUAUUCUCGUCAGUUGCUGCCACGGAGGUCACGCAUGCUGUGGACGUUCUUCUUACAGAAGACAGACAUCACCCUGCUCUGGAUAUUGCGCUCUCCCUGGACUUGCGUACGACACGUCCGUGCACUAGGUACAUACCUGAUUUUAGGAAGUGUGAUUUCAACAUGGUCUUCAGUGGGUUACAGACUCUUAGUCUCCCCUAUAUUGACAACUCGGAUGAAGUGGAACCUAAAUUUUCGUUGUUUUGUCAAUAUCUCUCGUCCAUCAUUGAACGGAGUACUCCCUUGAAGAGGAUUGCAGAGACUCAUUUUCCUAAAUGGUUCUCAAGAAGAUUUAUAUACCUGAUAAUCGAGAAGAAGGCUGCACACAAGAGAUUUAAAACUUCUGGAAACUUUUUGAAUCGUGAAAUAUUUUUAAGGCUUUGCUGGAGAUGCAAGUACUUGGCCUCAGACUGCCACAGGAACUACAUUUCAAAGAUUGAGGAAAGCAUUCCACACAACAUUAAAUCAUUUUGGGCGCAUGUAAACAACUUGAAAUGUAACUCCUCUAUGCCACUUGAAAUGGGGUUGAAUGGUUCUGUGGCUGGUGACUCCUCAAGUAUAUGUAACCUUUUUGCUCAGCACUUCUCUUCAGUUUUCUCGAACCCAGCAAUUGAUAUCCCUUCCUUUGACUUUGGAUGGAACAGUACCCUCUCUCGGAUCACUUUAUCUGCCACUGAUGUCCAGAGGGCGCUUGAAGAUCUUGAUCACAGCAAGGGUACAGGCCCAGACGAAAUCCCUCCUGCGAUAUUGAAGUACUGCGCGCCUGUACUUGCAUUACAUUUGUCCUUGCUGUUCAACUCACUUCUAGGUGCUGGGAUCUUCCCAUCGUGCUUGAAGACUGGAUUUGUCGUUCUAAUUUUUAAGAAGGGCGACAGAACAGAAAUAAGUAACUAUAGACCUAUAGUGAUUCAAUCAUCCUUAGCUAAGGUGUUUGAGGCCCCCGUUCUUGAAAAACUCCAAUUCUAUUUAAACCCCUUUAUACACGAGAGUCAACAUGGAUUUCUUCCUGGUCGCUCCGCGAUAUCGAAUCUCCUGCUGUUCCAGGAAUUUGUGAUGUCCUCCUUCGUCAGUGCAUAUCAAGUUGACUGCAUAUACCUGGAUUACUCUAAGGCGUUCGAUAGGGUUCAUCACGACCUACUUAUUGCAAAACUUGAGGGUUAUGGCGUUGGUGGUAAACUUCUGGAUUGGCUUCGGAGCUACCUUAAGGACCGUUCUCUAGUUGUGAAGUGCAGUUGA